AUGCAGCAAGAGUUAGUCCAGCAUGAUGAGGCAGACCUGGUGGCACAAAGCCCAUGCAACCGACCUGAUUCAGUGGACUCUGAGGAGGAAGGAGAUCAUGCCAAUGAAAACGAAGGAAAGGUAACAGAGUUUUCUGACUGGAUCCGUCUGAAACCAAUGGAGAAGUGGUCACUGGUGCAUGACACGAAGGGAGCUAGGUACGGCAUCAUGGGCGCUGAUAUAUCAAAUAUAUACAAGAAUGACCCUGUAUUGAAAGGGAUAACAUGCCUUCCGCUCAGUGCGAUAGUGGAGGUGACAUUUCUGCGCUUGGUAGAGCACUUCAAAAACACAAGUGCUGCAGCAAAUGAAGCAAUUGGCAACCCAUCAAUGAACUUCCCUGAACGGGUCCAGAAUGACAUGAAUUCAAAAAUGCAGAAAUCCAAGAUGCAUUGCGUGAUUUGCCUAGACACCAAAACAAGAAAUGUUUUCCAGGGGAAAGAGUUUCGGAAUUUUACAGUUCAGUCGAGGCAGAAGAAUGAGGUUGUUCACCUGAAAUCGGAAAGCAUAAGUAAGUUUGGCGAAUCCACAAUACAAGAAAGUGCCACCUGUUCAUGCAACAAACCACAGCUGCUUCACAUGCCCUGCACUCAUGUCAUUGCCGUCUGUUGUCAGAUUGGGGUUAGCACUGCUACAUACAUGUCUCCAUACUACAGCCUGGCCUACCUAGGUAGGAUCUGGAGUGGAAAUUUUGAUGAAUAUAAGAUCUCACGCAGCUACAGAAAUAUCACGCCAUUUGAAUGCAAUACAACAACUUGGAUCCCAGACAAAAGAUUGGAGUGUGGUCUUCCUGUUUUUGUAACAUCGGACUGCCUAGAAACUGUUGCGGAUGAGUCAGAGCAACAAUGCAACACUGGAAAUGGAUCUACUGAAGACAAUCAAGGAGCUACAACACGCGCUGAAGAACCUAAUGAGAUUUAA